CCGUUGUCCGAUAUUGAGCAUCUUGUCCUGUCGCCACUGUGUGCAGCCCAGCGACCCGUGUCCCUGCCCGAGUAGAUAGACAGAUCUGUUGCUGCUCACCUAUCUCCCGCCCCUCUGAUAUUGACUGAAAGAGUCACACUCUCCACGCGAUGUGCGCCAAGGUCGAGAUCAAGUCGAACCUGCCCCCGCCCCACUCGCGCACCGAGACGUUCCGCAACGCCGUCGGCGACGACAAACUCUGCGAGGAGAUCAUCGACACACUCAAGGUGAGUGGAGUGAUGCGCAACACGCAGAGAGAGGCGCAGGGAGGGUGCUGGGAGGUGUCUCAGGGCCGCAGCGACAGGUCCAUCCAUUUUGCUUGUGCUGCCGUGUUUUGCCUGUCAGAGUUUUGACAAGGACGGCGACGGCAAAUUCGAUAUCGGCGAUGUGGCCGCUGCAGCCCGACAGGUGCCGACACAUCCACGUAGUCACUCGGAGUGCACGCGCGGCCGGGGUUCUAUUCAUUCAUCCCAUGUGUGUGUGCUCGUGUGCUGUGUGCAGGUGGUGGUGUCCCGCAAGACCAACCGCCACCUGCGAUGGUCUGUGGUCGGCCUGGCCAUCGGCUGGGUGCUGACCCUCCUGGUGCUCUUCGGCCUGGUCAUCGCGUCCAUCCGCCUCAUGCGCCAGUCGACCAUCGCAAAUGACGGCCUCAUGAGAACCGUAGGCAAGAGCAGCGUCCCCGUCCGUAAGUCGCCGCACACAGAGAGAGAGGGAGAGAGUUGGGGAAUGUGUGUGUGUGUGUGUGUGUGUCAGGCACACAGCCCAACACCCAGGCGGUUCAGCUGUGGGACGUGGUCCGCAAGGACAUUCCGGUUCGCCAGUACGACGACCUCAUGACGGUCAGCUACAAGUUCCAGGACGGCACCGACACCAUCUACAGGGUCGACUGGAUCGAGCAGAAGCCGAACGAGAAACUCACCAUCUACGUCGCCGGCGGACGAUACCUCGUCGCCACUGAAGGUGAGUACCCCUUCCCCCGGCCCGCACCACCACGCUCAUGUGUGAUGUUGUCAUGUGUUGUGUGUGGUGGUGGUCAGAUUCGAUAUCUCUGUACGGCACGACCGGCGAUUUGCUCGAGAAGACCGCCUACCCGUCCAAGGAGCGCCGCCGGCUGCAGGUGGACUUCGACUCAGACACCGAGGCCGCGCGCCUCAUCCCCGGCUGCAUUGGGCUGCCAGAGCUGUGCUGCCAGGGCGCCGCGUCAUGCCUCUCCGGUAUGGAUGGAUCUCACACGGACACGCACGCAAAGCAGACAGUGAGAUAGAACGUGUGUGUUUGUGUGUCCGGUCAGGUUUGCAAGGGACAGCUUCCUUGUCGACGAGCUCGCCCAUCGGCGACCCCUAGACACACACAGACGCACUCUCACACAUCAUAGCGUUGCUACGUGUUGCUAGCGGCUGGGUGGCGCGUCCACCUGGCGUUUUGGUAGUAGGCACGCGGCCGUCGACGGCUGGCCAGCGAGGGCCGCGUGAUGCGUGCCGGUAGAUGCCUGGGUGCGUGUGUGUAGAUGCUUCUUGCGGACGGAGGGCGUGGCGUACGUGUGUGGAUGUGGGUGUGCAUAUCUCUCAGUGGAUGCGUCUGUGUGUGUAGCUGUCCAGGUGGGCGCCUGGCUGGCUGACCGCCGCUCUGUGGGGUUUUAAGUGCUUUUUCCCCACUCUCUGGGCGCCGCCUGCCUGCCAGCCAGCCGGCCUGCCGGCCUGCCGAUGAGGGCUAUCUGUCGGUGGGCUGAUGGAUCGAUUGCCCUCCGUUUCCAUUUCCACUUCUUCUCCCUCUGUGCCGUCUUGCUCGUCACGCCAUGCCAUUUUUAAGCCACGCAUGACUGAUUGGAUGGAUGGAUGUGUCGCACAUGCGUCGCGCGAGUGUCGGAGGGAGCGGAGAGACAGGAAGAUACAGACAGUCGAUGGACGGAUGGACGGACGGAUGAAUGGAUGGAUGGAGGGGUGGGCUCGGUGCUUGGGUGCGCAUCGGCGCACAUUUCGUUGUGAAUGAUCGAAUGAUGCUGGUGUGUGAAUGGCUGGCUGCCCGAGUGAGUGUUUCUAUCUGACUGUUUGUCGGUCAGUCGGCCUGAAUGUCUGUCUGUCUGUCUGUCUUGUCGGUACGAGUGUUUUGCUGGACGCCCAUUCAUCGAGCGGGCAGUUACGGGAGGGAAGUGGCAUGUCGCUGCGUUGAUCGAGAUUCUGGAUCAACGAAGCAACGUGUCAUGGGUCUGCUGUGACUGCCUGACGAUGGACCUGAGCGCACGGGACUGUCUGUCUGUCUCAGCUGGUGUCUUUUUCCUUUUUUCUAUGGGCUGGCUUGUCGUUGGAUGCAUGUGCCUGUCUGUGCCUGGAUGGCCUCUUCCCUCUCUAUGCUGUCUAUGCUACGUGCGUCGCGUCAAAUUCACGCCACGUCACGGCGGCAGGCGUCGCAUCAGAUGCAUGUGACUGACCGGUUUGGCUGGCGCCCCCUUUUUUGAUCGCCUUCGACGGAUGGAUGGCGUGACUGACGAGUGGGUGAGUGGCUGAUGUCUUGCGGGCUGGGAGGAGAGAGGGGCUGUUGUGUCGCUAUAUCGCUGUGUUGCCUGUGUUGUACCAGGUUUUGUUGUCUCGUCGUUGCGUGUCGUGUGCUGUGGUGUCGUGCUGGGCGGUGAUUGGUUGAUUCGGUGACGGAGCUGCAUGGACGAAUUGACGAACCGUCGGACUCGUUCGUUCAUGUGGGAGUUUUUUAUUUGACGGGGGGAGGGAUGUGUGUGGCCUUUUGUUAUUGACUGUCUGGCUGGAAUGGCUGACUGAUUGACUGCCUCAAUUCGCUCGCUGCUGGCUGUCUGCCUGGCUGCCUGGCUGCCUGCCUGCCUGCCUGCUGGCUGCUGGCUGCUUGUCGGUGUGUAAGUGUUGAUAUGCGUGUCUGUCCAUCAUGUCUCUCCUCUCUAUCAGCUAUCAAUCGUUUCCUACUCUCUCUCUGGUUCCCUCUCCAUCUUCUCAUCAUCUCUCCUUCCUUUCUGCUCCGGCUGGGCUGCUCGUCUCGGUGCAGGAGGUUUUGAUCGAUUCACACCUUCACCCGCUGUGUUGUGUGUUGUCACCUACGCGACCGCACACAUAUACACAUAUAUACAUACAUACACACGCACAGACGCCCCCGCGAUUGCACCCCUUUCUGGGGCAUCGAGGUGUGGUUGUCUGUCGCGAACGGCGUGUGGCAUUUGAAGAAGGUUUGUCCAUGCAUCCCUUCAUCCAAUGGCGAAAGACAGACAGACAGACAGACAGGCCGCCGCUUCGCUUUCACAUGCAUAGCCCACCUACCUGGGCAUGCUGGUGGCUGGUGUGUCUGUGUGCUUUCGCGUAUCACGUGGGCGCGGGGGGCUUUAUAGUAGCGGGACAUCUGCUGCCGGACAGAUGUGCACAUUGACGGGGGCUGGGCGGGUUUAUAUAAACCGGUGGACAUGGAUUUUUCCUCUCGUGGCGAUCUCGCUGCUGCCGGUGAGCGACCGAAGACAGAGAGAGCGUCGGGAGAGGAGAGGAGAGAAUGGCUGCAUAAUACAUGGAUGAAUGGAUGGAUAGACUGGGUGGACACUCUCUCACUCUAUACUCGCUCUACUUCUUUGUCAAGACCUCUCUCGCUCUGUCUCAUUUCGGUUGUGUGCUCGACGGCUUUCCUCCUCCUCUCUCGACUCACUCGAGCACAUAAUUAGUGUGCAUAGCUACGGAUGCGAUGGAUGGAUGGAUGCCAUGAUGUGUGUGUGUGUGUGUGUGGCUGUAAUGACCUUCCUACCUGUAUUGUGCAUAUCGAUCUGCCAUAUCUCCUGUCUCUCUCGCUCGACCGACACACACAUUCACAAACAUUGCAUCCCCACCACCACCCACCGCCGAUCCGCCCAUGCCCAUCCCAUCACCGGCUGGCCGAGCGUCUUGCCUGUCUGCUGCCUGCAUACCAUAGCUCAAUGUGUACACACGUACGUAUUAACCGUGAUGAUGAUCGAUCGUGAUGCUGGAUGCAUGAACGAACGACUGAAAGAGAGAAUGGAGAGCCUUUUUUGUUCAUCCCUCAUUGUAGGCAGCUCGGUCGUCAAGUCGGGCUGACACUCACUCGUGGCCUGUCUGUCUACGUGCGUACCUACGUACGUACGUACAUACACGUUCGUCGGUCGGGGCUCCUACACAACUACACUAACACUUGUCGGCCACAGAGUGCAAUGGCAUGGAAUGCGAUGGGCUGGGUGGUGGUAUUGGGUGCGGUUCACUGGCUGCAUGGGUAAGGACACGUACGUACGUAGGAUGCACUUACUAUUUCUCGUCUUGGCUGGGGAAUGUACAAGUGGGUAACACACAGACACGAAUCGACGACUCAACGCAUCACUGUCACCCAUGAG